UCACUAAGUUACUCUAAUCUCCCUAACCCAUGAAUUCUUAAGGAAACUACUCACUAAUCUCCAUGAAAACACUUAAUCUCAUAAUAGAUUGAAGCAUAUUCAAGUAGAUACAACAGAGAAUAAAGAUAAACAAGGAUUAAACAAGCAAAUUCAAGAGAAUAAGAAGAAAAGAAACUAAAGAUUCAAGCUUUCUCUCUCAAGAGUUCUUGUGUUCUUCAUAAAAAAGUAGAUAGAUCCCCCAUUAUUGUCUGAAAAGUAGUUAUAUAUUACUAAAACUCGAGCUGGGGUUGACCCAUAAAAACAGAUAUUUUUCUCCGUAGUGACCAUAAAAGGUCGCUACGAGAGGUCACUACGCCUGUAGCGACCUGAAAUGCCCGCUACGGGUGGCCGCUAGGACACUUAGACGAUUUUUUCGCAUUCUUGAACUCAUAGCGACCUCAUUAUGCCGCUACGGAAGACCGCUACAGAAAGCGCUUCAACUAUAGCGGUCUCUCUAACCCGCUACACACUCCCGCUACGGUACUUAGGCGCCUCAGCUCUAUCUUCUGUAGCGACCAUCUUUUGCCGCUACGCCUGGCCGCUAGGAAUGUCAUAUUGAUAUGUGUGUAGUAUUUUGAUCAUAAAUCCCUCAAUACAGCUCCAAACGACUUGAAACCACCUCCAUUGUAAAGCUAACUCAAUUUCCAGUGUCUCCACAAAUUUUGAGCUUCAGAAGAGAUCUUUAAGGCCUUCAUCCGUGUUCAUCUUUCACUCUUUGGACUCAAAAUCCCUCCAAUGGUCUUCUAACUCAUCCAUGGUGCUCUCCAACACCUGAUAUGUACAAAUGCAAUGAUAUGCAACCUAAAUGUGCCUAAAUGAUACUCUAAAUGACCAAACCAUGCAAGAAUAAGAAGUUAAAAACAUGUAAAUUCACAAGAUAUCAAUAGCAGCGGUAAUAGGAGUCAUACCUGGUAUGGCCUUUGGAUGGGUGAUUGGAUACAUACUUUUUUCUCGCAAACCAGAGUGGUUUAUGAACCCUUUUGUCCGAAACAAACGCAGACGUGGCAGCACCACAACUCAUUAAAAAGGUCUUUUAUAUCCUACCCGAGGAAUCUGAAAGAAGAAAUCCAAAGCAAUCACUAUGUCUGUCCGUAUCAAUUAAGGUUUGGGGUGUCGUUUCCGGUUUAGCUUGGUGUUUUUCUCAUUAUUCUGUUUUUACUUUUUUCUUUCUAGCAAACUUCUCCGUCUCUGGUAUUGUUUCCGGAUUAGUUUGGUGUGUGUUUCUACACAUCUCUGUUUUUUUUCUUACCUUUUUAGCAAACUUCUUUGUUUCUCUGUAAUUGAACAACUAUGUUUCGUACGCUAAAAUAUUUCAAGCACAAUCAAAGAUGUGUGGUUUUUCCCCCUCAACUGUAUGGAUGUGAGAUGAGCAAUAAACAGAUGAGCCAUAUCAAAGCUAUAAGCAACACAUGGCUUUAGAAAAUGAUAUAAAUAACCAACGUUGAGUUGGCCUAGUUGUUAAGUCCCUUGAUUGCUGAUAAUGUAGGGACUGUUGAGUUUAGAUUCUUUUGCUUUAAAUAUGUAAAAUCUAAACUAAUAACCAAAACUACAAAAAAGAAAAAGAUAUUUUCUCAAUAAAAAAUUGGGUUUAAAGAUCAUCUUCCAUUUUAUAACAAAAUUCCUCUUGGAUCAACCUAUAUUAUAUUUUCCUUGAUUGUCUUUUUAGUCGAAUCCAAGUCUUGCUUCCCUUUUGUUUAAUGUCCACAAUCUCAAAAAAGAGACAUCCAACUGAUUGGUUACUAUAAGUCUCUCUCUGGUACGUUAUUCUUUGAUUUAUCAACAUUAAUUAUACUUGCAUUUUUCUCUCCUUAUUUUCUCCAAAGUCCAUCACUUGAAAAUAAUGAUAUUUUUUUUUUCAUAUAUGCUAUGGUUUUUGUUUAGCGUAGGAAACAAGGAAACGAAGAGUGACGUCACCUUAUUUUCAUAAGCCAUCGUUCCUCGUCUUCAAUGCGAGGAGACCUUCUUCCCGGAGAACACUCGUCUCUCUCUACAAUCUCUUCUUCACCCUCUCCCAUAAGCUCCUCACUUCGUUCCCUCUCUCCCUCAUCAUGCCCAAACCAAACGAUGCGGAGGCCGUCCCGCUGCUGGAUCUAUCAAAACCGUCGACACCGAUCUCCUUCCCGAUCAAAUCACUCCAAGACCUGGAAUCUCGAUCUUACUUCGACUCUUUCCACUUUCAGUUCAACCGCUCCACAGUCCCUCUCCGGGGAGACUUACCUAAUAAUCGCCCGAGGGUUUUAGUGUGCCACGAUAUGAAAGGAGGUUACGUAGACGACAAGUGGGUCCAAGGGUGUGAAAACGACGCCGGAUACGCGAUUUGGCAUUGGUAUUUGAUGGAUGUGUUUGUUUACUUCUCUCAUUCGCUGGUGACGAUUCCUCCUCCUUGCUGGACCAAUACAGCUCAUAGGCAUGGCGUUAAGGUGUUGGGGACUUUCAUCACGGAAUGGGAUGAAGGAAAAACUACCUGCAAUGAGAUGCUUGCCACUAAGGAGUCUGCUCAGAUGUAUGCUGAGCGUUUGGCUGAGCUUGCUACUUCUCUAGGUUUCGAUGGAUGGCUGAUAAAUAUAGAGAACGAAAUAGAUAAAGAACAGGUUCCCAAUUUGAUGGAGUUCGUAAGCCAUCUAACAAAAGUCCUGCAUUUAUCCACUCCUGGGUCUUUGGUUAUAUGGUAUGAUAGUGUCACUGUUCAUGACCAUCUUAAAUGGCAAGAUCAUUUGAAUGAAAAGAACAAACGUUUCUUUGACUUGUGUGAUGGUAUCUUCAUGAACUAUACAUGGAAGGAGAGCUACCCAAAAUUAUCAGCUGAAGUUGCCGGGGACAGAAAAUAUGAUGUUUACAUGGGAAUUGAUGUCUUUGGUCGCGGCUCCUUUGGUGGUGGGCAAUGGACUGUUGAUACUGCUCUUGAUUUGCUGAAGAGAAACAAUGUAUCAGCUGCCAUUUUCGCUCCUGGAUGGGUAUAUGAGACUGCACAACCACCUAAUUUUCAUACAGCUCAGAAUAAUGUACAAUGUGUAUGCAGAGAAUGUGAAGUCAACUGGUGCACUAAGAUCGAGGAAGGUUUUGGAGAAACCAAGAAGCGAGAGAGUGUUCCUCGGAAUCUCUCACGUACCGGCUUAUUACGUAUCGGAACUGGUGGUAGAUUCGGACGUGAAAGGGGUCAGCUUCGUGGUGCAACCGUGUGGUGAAGAUGGGUUAUGGAGAAAGCUUGAUGAUUCCCCUAACCUUCUUGUGGACUUGGAGGGUCUCUCGUAGGUUGCUGGAAACAGUGAAACGAUUCAUAAUGUAUAUUACAAAAUUACAUUAAUCUAGAUAGUGGGGAAAACAUGAUAAAAAAACCUGAACUGAUAACAGAUCAUCAUCGUACAACUUCUUAAAAAUAUAAUUAAUGUACAUUAAUUUCCUUGUAUUUUAUAAUUAUAAAGAGAUCUUUUCCUUGUGCUA